AUGAGACUUCUUGCGGCCCUAUCCUUGCCCGCCUUCAUGGCAAGCUUGACUGCAGCGCAGUCUACGCCUUUUGAGCACACAUUGCUCUUCCCAUUGGCAAAUUUUCAUGGUAGUGAUGGCACCGCUGUCACUAGUAUUGGUGGCUGCAUCACUCUGCCUGGAGAUGCCCCUAUUGGAUCUGUCCGCGUCGCAUCGGAUGAGUUCUGUAUUCUGUACCCGAAUAACUACUGUCAGGGCGACACCAGCCAGACAAUUUCUGCAAACGUUGCUCAAUUUCCAGACUCUCAGACGUGGAUUGGUAUCAGCUGUAGCUCUGGCAAUCCUGAUAGUUCUGAUGGAUUUGGUCCCUGA